AUAAAAUUUAGAGAACGUUUCCUUGUUUUUCUCCUUGUACCAAGUACCAACAACGUCCAGGAGAGAGUCAAACAUGAUUUGCACGGCCAAGCUUCGAAAGGACGAGUACCCACAAAACCAAUUGGACCAGGUUUAGUGAUCAAUGAUGAAUUUCUUCAAUGGAAUGCCUACAACUGAAGUCAGAUUUUGAACAACAGACAUCCCCUACGCUUAUCUUAUGAAAAUGAUGCAGGAAUUGUCAACCAUCGAUGACCUACCUGCGACUAAUGUGGAACGGGAACCGGAAAAGAUAGAAGAUGGGAAAGAUGGAGGUCCUUCAUUCCACUGUAAACUUUACAGCACGGAAUUAGUCCACAAGAUAGCUCAGGUUUUCAUUCCUGGAUUAGCUACUGCAUGUGUUGAUAACACAUCUGGUGAUAUCUUCAAGACCCCUGCUUCUGUGGCCGCCGAUGUGAGAAAGGAAAUGGUGGAGUAUAUCACUCAAAGAAGUGAGAAUUUUGUUGCAGAAUCUGUUAUCCUAGAAGGGGGCCAAGAUGGACAAGUAUUUGAUCAUCCCUAUGACAUAAUUUCUGAUUUUGUUGAUGACUUUGCGAGUUCCAAGAGAAAUUUGUUUAGUCGGGUUUCGGGAUGGCUGCUCAGUGAAAAGAGAGAAGAUAAAAUAGAUGAUUUUGUUCAAGAGAUGGAAAUAAAUGGGUUUUGGUUGGUUGAUAAAAGAGAAACAAUAGCACAAAAUUUGCUAAAGAAUGUCGACCUUAAGAAUGAGCAUCACUGCAAUAUGAAAUUUCACACCCCAGAGGAGCUUGAAGUGCAUGUUCUAAAGUGUAGCUAUAGGUCUAUGAGUUGCAUACAUGAAGGAUGUAAUGUCAUAUUUUGUGCAAGUCAAGUGGAUAAACAUGAUGCAGUUUGCCCCUUCAAGAUAAUUCCAUGCGAACAAAACUGCUCCGACAUGAUCAUGAGACGUGAAAUGGACAGACAUUGUAUUACCAUCUGUCCAAUGAAGCUUGUUAGUUGUCCAUUCUAUGCAGUGGGUUGUCAAUCCCCUGUACCACAUUGUAAGCUUGAGCAGCAUCGUUCAGAUGAUCUCCAUUCUCACAUGCUGUUUGUUCUACAAAGUAUUCAUAAGGAAGCAUCUAUGGAAGAUCUGAAAAGAAGGCUGGAGCAACUAAAAGACGCAUCUUCAUCCAAUAACUUGGCACAAGCUCGAGAUGUGAGAUCACUAACCUCUGCAGUCAAGGAGCUUGAAGCAAAACUAGGGCCGAUGGAAAUUAGCAGGAAACACCAUGAGGAUCUUGAAGCAGAACAUGGGCCAGAGGAAGUAGGCAGCAAAAGCAAAACUCCAGAGGAUGUGGAAUCAGGACCAAAAGAAGUGAGUAAUAAACCUGAGGAGGACUUUGAAGUAAAACCAGCACCAAAGGAAGUUAGCCAACAAUCGGAGUAUCUUGAAGCAAAAUCAGAGCCAAAGGAAGUUAGUACUAAAUCUGUGGAGGAUCUUGAAGCUAAACUAGCACCAAAGGAAGAUCUUGAAGCAAAACCAGCUCCAAAGGAAGUCAGUAGUUCAAAAACCCCCAAAGAUGUUGAAGAAAGGCCAGUGGGAGGGAGCAGUAAGGCCCCAACAGGACAUGAAGCUAAACCAGCACCAAAGGAACUGAGCACCAAACCUGCAGAAGAUCUUGAAGCAAAACCAGCUCUGAAGGAAGUCAGUAGUUCAAAACCCCCCGAAGAUGUUGAAACAAAAAUAGUGGGAAUGAGCGCUAAAGCCCCUACAGGACAUGAAGAAAAAUUAGGGACAAAGGAACUGAGCACCAAACCUGCAGAAGAUCGUGAGGCAAAACCAGCUCCGAAGGAAGUCAAUAGCUCAAAAAACCCCAAAGAUGUUGAAGAAAGGCCAGUGGGAGUGAGUGGUAAGGAUCCAACAGGACAUGAAGCUAAACCAGCACCAAAGGAACUAAGCACCAAACCUGCAGAAGAUCGUGAAGCAAAACCAGCUCCGAAAGAAGUCAGUAGUUCAAAACCCCCAGAAGAUGUUGAAGCAAGGUCAGUGGGAGUGAGCAGUAAGGCCCCAACAGGACAUGAAGAAAAAUUAGGGACAAAGGAAGUGAGAAGCGAAUUGCCAGAGGAGCUCGAAACAGAACUAGGAACAAAGGAAGUGGGAAGCAAACCACCAGAGGAACUUGAAACACAACUAGGAAUCAAGGAAGUGAGCAGCAAACUUCAACAGGAACUUGAAACAAAACUAGGAAGAAAAGAGGUGGGCAGCAAAACCCCAGAAGGAUACGAAAGACAAUUAAUAACAAAAGAUGUCAACAGAAAACCCGAGGAACUUAAAAAAGAACUAGGGACAAAGGAAGUGAGCAGCAAACCCCCAGAGGAACUCGAGAAAUUAAGUGACAAAGGAAGUGAGAUGUGAAACUCCCGGUGGAGCUUGAAGAGGAUGUCAACCUACCAAGGAUGUUGAAACAUAACUAGGGCUGAAAGAAGUGAGCAGCAAAGACGAGAAUAGUGAAGAGUAUGGAAACCUCUAUUUCUGAAAAGUGUGAGAGGAAGCUCAAACAUAAACGAAAUGUCUAAAUUCAUCUGUUGAGUAUGAAGUUUCACCAAACCUCAUUUACAAAUUAAAGAGCAGGAAGUCCGGUUAGAAACUGACAACAUCUGUAACUGCCAUCUUGAUUACCAAUUGGUAUGAUUUUUACAUAAAAUACUUUGAGAUGAGCUUUUUGUGUCCUUUUGUUUGUUCCAGUAUUCCAUUAACCUUUUUUUGUAAACAAUAGAAAUGUUGUGAAAAAUUAAUGCAUUUUCUUUUGGAAUA